AUGCCAAUUAUGAGCGUAAUGGAAAAUCUACCUUUGAAACAAAAUGAAGUGUCAAAAGAAAUUGUGAGCGAAGCAACAGCAUUUCGAAAUGUUCAUCAAGUAAAGAGCAAAAUAGCGAACAAGUUACCUACAUCUUCACUCUAUGUCGUCUGCGAAUUUAAUUUGAGAUGGAAUUUAGAGGGCAUUUACACGUUCAAUCUUCACGAGCCUCCAUUGUCCACAAUGUUAAAUGUAAAGAAAUAA